GCCGCGGCAGGCGAGGACAACGCAGCACCGUUAGCGCGGCCUGGCGCCGGCGCCCGCCGGGCUCGUCGCUGUCGCCGCCCGGGCCUCGCUGGUGUCCCGGCGGCUGCGGACGACGUGAAAUCAGGACGUGGGCCGAGCCGCAGCAGUCUUGUAGCUGGAUCCCCAAGGAGGAGAAAUUCUGAAGCAGUAGGAAGAAAGUGUUUCAGUUUGGGACACUUAUUUGCCCCUGGAAAUGGGGAAUGGACUGUCAGACCAGACGUCUAUCCUGUCCAGCCUGCCUUCCUUUCAGUCCUACCACAUUGUUAUUCUGGGUUUGGACUGUGCUGGAAAAACAACAGUCUUAUACAGGUUGCAGUUCAAUGAAUUUGUAAAUACUGUACCUACCAAAGGAUUUAACACUGAGAAAAUCAAAGUGACUUUGGGAAAUUCUAAAACAGUCACUUUCCACUUCUGGGAUGUAGGUGGUCAAGAGAAAUUGAGGCCCCUGUGGAAGUCGUAUACCAGGUGCACAGAUGGUAUAGUGUUUGUGGUGGACUCGGUUGAUGUUGAAAGGAUGGAAGAAGCCAAAACUGAACUUCAUAAAAUAACUAGGAUAUCUGAAAACCAAGGGGUCCCUGUACUUAUAAUUGCCAACAAGCAAGAUCUGAGGAACUCACUAUCUCUCACAGAAAUUGAGAAACUGUUAGCAAUGGGUGAACUGAGCUCAUCAACUCCUUGGCAUCUGCAGCCUACUUGUGCAAUCAUAGGAGAUGGACUCAAAGAGGGACUGGAGAAACUGCACGAUAUGAUAAUUAAAAGAAGAAAAAUGUUGCGGCAACAGAAAAAGAAAAGAUGAAUAUCGAUACAAUUUGUAUCUGUGUGGAGUAGGUUUUCUCUGGCCUGAUUUUGACAAGCGGAAGAGUGUCUACACCUGGUUUGCCUGUUUGCCCUCCUGGAUGCUAUCAAAGCUUUGUUUUGUUGAACAGUCAGAUGCCCAACUCCUUCCUUGUGGGAGAUGAGCAAAUGCGGUGCGUCUUCAAGAGGUCUCUUCUCCCUACCCCACAUCUUCUGGUACUACCAUUUUGGGAAGGCAAGCAAGGAUAGUACAUUGAUCAGAAAACAGUUGUGGAAAUUUGAUCUGCAGUUAAUGAAAUAAAACUUUGAAGAGUG